AUGGAGGCAGAGGAAGCUCAGGCGCAGAAGGAGGAGGCGGACGAGGAAGCCGAGGAAGCUCGGGUGGAGAGGGAGGAGGCGGUGGGGGCAAAGGAGGCGGUGGAGGGACAGGAGGCGGUGGAGGCAGUGAGGGCCGAUGAAGCACAGGAGGCAGUGGAGGCGCAGGAGCCACAGGAGGCAAUGGCAGAGGCAGUUGAGGACAAGUCCGAGGAGGAGAUGGAAGAAGUGGCGGAGGAAGUAAAGGAGGGCAAAGAGACCCCAGCACACGCAGAGAUGUUAGGUUCGGAGAGUGCCCGAAGUACACGCAAGGUCGAUCAGAUCUCCUUUCACUUGGAAGACCGGGAAGGCACCUCGAGCUCAGAAGAGUCAGAGGCGUCGCACGGUGCCCCGAAAUCCGCGCCCCGCCAUCCCAGCCAUCGCCCACAUCACCUGGGCUCUCGCCAGGCCUCGCAGAGGGUCCCGGUCCCAUCUCCGGAAUCUCCAGACGAAGGAAAGAAGGCUGUGGAGGGAGCCUCGGAGACAGAUGACAUCAGGAUUGGGCCACGAAAGCGCAAGAAGCCCAAGAAGGCGAAGCCGAAGCCCGUGGUCAAGACGAGAAUUGAGAUUCUCCCACCGGCCGACUUGGACUGGACUAUGGAGGACUUGAACGCAGAUGAGCUGACACUUCUGACCUCGGUCAUCGACGAGGAUGAGCCCUACAACAGCCACCAAAGUGUCAGCCAUGAUCCUGCGAAAGAGCGCGCCCUGGCUGAAAAUCAGGGCAUUUGCAUGCCAGGAAUCCCUUCCAGAUCCAGUGGUGUCCCGUGGGACAUGAGUGAGGCCUUUGGAGGUCUGUCUUCGGCCUGGACGACGCGUCUUCCGCAGCCAGUGUUCCACGAGCGCUACAGCUGCCACAGCUGCUGCCGAAGUCGGGACCUGACUCCCCACAGGCCAGGGCACUUUUGCGACUUCGCGUGGCAUCACAUCCCGCUACGAACACUUGUAACCAUCUGCUCUGUCACGCUGCAGACCCCUUCGAAGCACAAGCACUUGGCACAUUUGGUAGCAGCUGGGCGCUGA